AUGAAGCUGGCCGUGUUCAGUGCCAAAUCCUACGAUCGCACCUAUCUCGAGGAGGUGCGCAUUCGGCGUUUCCCCCACUUCAAGAUCGAGUACCACUCCUUCUCUUUGACCGACGAAACGGUGCAGCUAGCUCACGGCUGUGAUGCGAUUUGUGUUUUUGUCAAUGAUAAAUUAAACGGGAAUGUGCUGAACGCCCUGUUCGCCGGUGGCGUGCGAGCAAUCCUUUUGAGAUGUGCGGGAUUUAACCAUGUCGACCUUGCUACCGCCGAGAAAUUGGGACUAUUCGUCGCCAAUGUGCCUGCAUACUCACCGGAAGCUGUUGCUGAAUUUGCAGUCGCCCUGGUUCAGACGCUGAAUCGCAAGACCCACCGAGCCUAUAAUCGAGUGCGCGAGGGGAAUUUCAACAUCGAAGGCCUCCUGGGUACAACCCUGUAUGGCAAGACCGUCGGUAUCGUUGGAGUGGGUCGCAUUGGUCUCGCGACGGCACGAAUAUUUCAAGGCUUUGGCUGUCAGCUGCUCGCCUACGAUCCUUUCGCGGACGAAGAAUUUCUUCAGUACGGAGCACUUGUUGACCUGGGCACACUGUUGAGGGGAAGCGAUAUCGUCAGUCUUCAUUGUCCAUUGACCCACGAUACUCGGAAUCUCAUAAAUGAGACCUCGCUGGAGCAGAUGAAACCUGGAGCCUUGUUGGUCAAUACGUCGAGAGGUGGACUUGUUGAUACCACGGCAGUCACGCACGCUCUGAAAAAGGGUAUCUUAGGCGGAGUUGCAUUGGAUGUGUACGAGGCCGAGAGCGAAUUGUUCUACAAUGAUCAUUCCGGCGAGAUCAUUGAUGAUGAUGUCCUGAUGCGCCUGAUGACCUUCCCCAACGUUCUGAUCUGUGGGCACCAGGCAUUCUUCACUCGUGAGGCACUCAAUGAGAUUGCCGAUAUCACCUGGUCAAACCUUUCUGCGUUUGUGGAAGGUCGGUCAUGCGCCAACUCACUUGUCACCGAGGGCCAUGUUCUCGUGCGGGCAGACACGGCCCCAGUGCGAUUAUAG